GGAAUAAAUGCUAUUUUGGUGUGAGGGGACACUCUUUUAUCCUGUACUCGGCGUGAAGGAAUCACUUCGGAUGUCAAGAGCCGCACUUGUUGUGAGGGCACGCACUUUCGUCAGGGGCACGGAGACCGCCCCGAGCUCGGGAAAUGGCGAUACCCGCCUCGCACGGCGCUGCUGCCGGGCUGUCACGGCAUGAGGAGCAGCCGAGCACACCCAGCCCGCCCCUCAGCCAUGGCGGGAGGGCCGUGCCGGAAGGGGCCGCCCCGGGCCGGGCCGGGCUGGGCAGGGCUCCGCGAUCUCCGCCGCGAUGCUGCCGCUGCUCCGCCGCGCUUGGGCGGCCGCCGUGGCCUCGUCGUCCCCGUCCUGCUCCUCCCGGCCGGGCCGGCGCCGCUGCAGCCUCGGCGCCUGCUGCUCGUACCGCCUGCGAGACGCCCUGCAUCCGCUGUGGCAGAGCCCGCUGACCAUCCCCGGGGGCACCCGCCAGUCUCCCAUCAACAUCCAGUGGAGGGACAGUGUUUAUGAUCCCUUCCUGAAGCCCCUGAAAAUCAGCUACGACCCCACCACCUGCCUUCACAUCUGGAACAAUGGCUACUCCUUCCUGGUGGAGUUUGAUGACUCUGCUGAUAAAUCAAUCAUCGUUGGAGGUCCCUUGGAAAAUCAGUACAGGCUGAAGCAGUUCCACUUCCACUGGGGAGCCAUCAAUGACUGGGGCUCAGAGCACACAGUUGACAGCAAAUUUUACCCAGCAGAGCUGCAUUUGGUGCACUGGAAUGCUGUGGAAUACCCGAGUUUUGAGGAUGCUGUGAUGGAAGGGAAUGGCCUGGCUGUUAUUGGAGUGUUCUUGAAGCUGGGAGCACGGCACGAAGGGCUGCAGACCCUGGUGGAUGCCCUGCCUGCAGUCAGACACAAGGACACUGUGAUUGAGUUUGAUGAGUUUGAUCCCUCCUGUCUGAUCCCUUCCUGCCCUGAUUACUGGACCUACGCUGGCUCCUUGACCACUCCCCCCCUCACUGAAUCAGUCACGUGGAUCAUUAAGAAGAAACCAAUCGAGGUGGAUGAGGAUCAGCUGGAGGCGUUUCGGACGCUGCUGUUCACGUCGGACGGGGAGGAGGAGAGGAGGAUGGUGGACAACUUCCGGCCGCUGCAGCCGCUGAUGGACCGCACGGUGCGCUCGUCCUUCCGGCCCCAGCUCAGCCCUUAGCGCCCCGCACUGAGCUCUCACCACCCCUCACACCAAGCCCUUCCUUGCCUGCCACUGGGGUUUUUUAGUUUUGCUUUUUUUAAAAGAAGUGGAUAAUGUUAACCCUUAGCAGUUGAAAAUGAGGAUGGGGAGCUCGUUCCCUGCUCCUCUGAAUUGUUCUGGUGAACUCAUCAUUCCACCCCCAGCUCAGCCCUUAGCACCCCAGCAGAAAGUUCUCAUCACCCCUCACAUCCAAGCCCUUCCUUGCCUGCCACUGGGGGGUUAAUAGUUUUGCUUUUUGUAAGUGAAGUGGAUAAUAUUAACUCUUAGCAGUUAAAAAUAAGGAUGGGGAGCUCGUUCCCUGCUCCUUCUCUCAGUUGUUCUGAUGAACUGCACAGUGUGCUCAUCCUUCUGCCCCCAGCCCAGGCUGCACAGCAUUUCUCAUCAUUCCCCUCACAUCCAAACCCUUCCUUGCCUGCCACUGUGGGGUUUUUAGUUUUGCUUUUUUGUUUUUUUUUUUACAGAAGUGAAUAAUAUUAACCCUUAACAGUUAAAAAUAAGGAUGGGGAGCUCGUCCCCUGCUCCUUCUCUGAAUUGUUCUGAUGAACUGCACAGUGUGCUCAUCCUUCUGUCCCCAGCCCAGGCUGCACAGCAUUUCUCAUCAUUCCCCUCACAUCCAAACCCUUCCUUGCCUGCCACUGUGGGGUUUUUAGUUUUGCUUUUUUUAAGAGAAGUGGAUAAUAUUAACCCUUAGCAGCCCCUUGUUCCCUUGGAGCCCCUUGUUCUAAGGCAGGGCUCAGUAAGGAAUUAUUAAGACAGUUAAAAAUAAGGAUGAGGAGCUCGUUCCCUGCUCCUUCUCUGAAUUGUUCUGUUUCUUCAAAUGCUCUUUCAGUGCCUUGCAUGAAUUAAUAAUCCUGGGUAGAAAUUGCUAAGAAGGAGGAAUUGGGAAGAAAAGAAAAAUAUCAGUACUGAUCAGGUCCUUUUGGGGAAUUGUUUGAUGUCUGGGAAGAGAGGCUUCUCUCAGAGACAUUUUACCUUCUUCCUUUUUCCUUGGAUGACAAGGGGAGAAGGACAGAAAUGACUUCCAAGAUCUAUUUCCAUUCUUCUGGCUGCACUUUGUGUGUUUGCUGUGGGUGUGUUGUAAGACACCAGGAGCCAGAAGACUUUUAACAACUGUAGAAGCUUUUGGCUUUGUCAGCUUUUGCUUUCCUGUGUUAAUAAUCUGUCAAGAGAAGGGAGGAUAAGAGAAUUCACCAGUAUUUCAAGACUGGCUAGAGCAGCAAAUUAGGUGAAAAUGUCCAAUUGAUCCCAGGAACCUGAUCCCAUCAAAGGAAAGCAAGAUUAGAUAAAACCCAGCUGACCCUCCCAGUGGGAUUAGGGGAAAAACCCCAAACCAAUUCCUCAAACCUGUGCUAGGAGAGUGUGGGCUCAGAAAAGAUUUUUAUUUCAGCAGCUCACAGAGCCCCAGUGCUCUCUUCAAAGCUUUGCCUUGAGAUGUAUUUUCCUCUAAAAACACUUACCCAGCUUCAGGACCAGUGGGGACCAGUUUGUUUUUAUUGCACCUUAUGGGAAGGUCCAGGGGUUGGAAUUGAUUUGUGGACCAAGCAGAGCUGCUGUGGGAGCUGCCCCAGGGAUCACUGACUUCUCACUACUGGCUCUGUCUCACCUUUCUCUCUGCCCCUCCAUGCUCUGCAGAUUCAAUUCUUGCAGCAGAUUUCUGGUGAGGAGCAGCUCUGUCUGUCUUUCCUCCCUUUGAUUCCUGGUUGGAUUCAGUGAAGCCAUGACCUUGGCAAUGCUAAAUCCAGACCUUUCCAAUUGGUACUUUAAUUUUUUUAAAGUAUUCAGUUUCAAAGCACCUUAACACUUUUCAGUGUGACCCUGAUGAUUUUAAGGGUUUGAGUGCCCAGAUCCUGCCUUUCCUUCCCCCAUAGCUCUACCUCAGGCUGUUCUGGUGCCACAGUUGUGCCUCUGUCCCCUGCAGUGUGGCCACUCCAGCUGCAGUGACUCUGGGUGGUGAAAGAAGGAAAUCUCCUGUCUCAGUGGAGAAUAUUUUCCUGUCAGGAAUUCAGUGGAGCUCUUUGGUUUCCCCACUUCCCCCAAGCCCUCCCUGCCUGGGGGAACAUUUCCAUCUUGGUUGUGCCAUCUCCAAUCCUGGAAUUAUUUUGGGAUAUUGGGAGAUGUCCCUGCCAUGGCAGGGGUGGCACUUGAAGCUCCUUUCCCACCCAAACCAUUCCAUGAUUUUCUGAUUCCAUGACCUCAGUUGAACUCUGCAGACUUUGCCAUCACCACACAGAUUUUUAGCUACAAAACCACACCAGUGAUGAUUUUGCUGGAGAAUGAUACAUUCCAAAAUAAAGAUGGAAGGAAUAUCUACAAUUCUGGGAACAGCAAAAUAAUGAUUUUACUUUUUGCCUGAAUAUAUAAUAAUUAUGGUCCAGUCAUUAAGUUUGAGAUAUUUAUUCAGUGCUGUUCUUGCAGAUACUUUUCUGAGUAGGACUCUGGAGAAAGAUGGCAGCAGCUCAGAUAUUUUCUAUUCAUUAAUAGACAAAAUUGUAAUACAGAGACUCUUAAUGUUGGCUUUUAUUUGAAAACAGAUCUGCCUCAGCAGCACUGGGCUGUGCAUCAAUCUCCUUAUCAUUUAUAAGUGGAUCUUUUAAAAAUCUUUUGUAACUGCUCAGCUUUAAAUUGCUUUUCUGAUUUCCACUGGUUUUUUUUUUUUUUAUUUCUCUGAUCCACUGAGAAGAAUCACCAGUUGAUCCAGCUUUCCCAACAAACCCAAAAUCCAGAUUAUUUUAGGGAACUGCCAGGGUGUAAGUGUUUAAUUUCACACCCACUGAGUUCUCCAUGGUUUGCUCCACUCAAUCAGAUUUUCCUCCUGGAUGUGUAAAUCCCUUUUGAACCAGCCUGCAUCCAGCAGAGGGAAUGUGGGGUAUUUCCCUUCCCAGUGACCCAGUUCAAGUUCUCAGACAGAUUUAUUUCAAGUUCUCACAGAGAUUUACUUUGUUCAAGUACUGCCAUGGAGGCUUUGUUAGGGAACAGUGAAUUACCAGGGACACAGUGAAGCUGUGUCCAUAUUUCCAUCAAAUCACACCCAUUUUUACUGACAUAAAAUGAAGAAAUUCCAAUUUCAGCACUGAUUGCUUCAAAUAUCUGGAAACAGGGUUAAUGCAGAUAAAAAAUUACUGUGCUACAAAAAGAGGUUUUACAGGGGUUUUGCUACAUUUAUUUUGCUGUUUCUUGAAUCCUGCAUUUCUGUGUAAUGUUUUAGCAUCUCCUUAAGGCAGGCAGGAGCUCAGCUGCAGGGCAGAUUGUUGGAAUUAAUCUGGAAAUUACCACACUGGGUUUUUUUUAAAUUUUUUUUUUCAGUUUUAACUCUUCUGCUGCAAUGACUUUAUUGACCUUGUGAAUGUAAACUUCAGGAAAAUAAUUGUGUUUAAAACAAGAGAUGGGAUAAAAUUCCUGUGCCUUAUUCUCUCAGUUCUGUGUGGAAAAAAAUGAUUUGAUUGUUGGGUUAGAGCUGAUUUUUUUGUGAUGAUUUUGCACAAUUGAGUUAAAAAGGAAUCUUUGGGCUCUUUUGGGUGGCACAAUACAAAAGGGCCAAAGCACAUAUUUGUAUUUUCCUUGCUUAAGAGUCACUUUAUUGCUAAAUACUGCCCUGGGAGGCAUUUCUGGGGCAGCAAGGCCCAGGAAUUAAAGGAAUAAUUCUGGGACAACUCCCUGCAAAGGGAGGAGAAGGUUUGGAGCAGUGCUGGUCUGACUCCAGCUGCUUUUCAGGAACUCUCUAAAAUUCUGUUUUUACCUUGUCCUGGGUGAUUUCCCAGCUGGGACAGCUCCCUGUGCUGUUGGGGUGUUUGAUCCCUGUUCUGCAUUCCAGAACUUUCCCUCUUCAGCUGUUCCUGACCGCUUCUGUGCUGCCUUUUCUGUCAGCACUGACAGAGUCUCUCCCCUGGUUUUGGAAGCUCCAGAACUGGAGUUUGCUUUGAUCUCCACAGGGUUUUUAGAGGACUGCUUUGGAUGCCUUAAUUUGGGAUGUUUUAACUUGUAUUUCCUGCCACAUCUUGGCUUUUUUUUCUCUUUGUGCAUUUUUUGGUGGCCUUUGUGCCAUUGUGUAUUUAAUGUGUGUUACCUGCCUGAAAUCACUGUCUGCAGACAACUCCUGGAACAGGGAAUGCUUUAUGUUUUCCUGGGAUCCAGGCCCUUCCCCAAAGUUUUUCCCUGGCCCUUCCCCAAAGUUUUUCCCUGCUGUUUAGAGCCCUUCAGCUGCUGCAUUUUACACUGUUACAUUAGUGUGCAACUACAAUAAAGGAACAGAGAAACCCA